UUUAAGCUCUCUUCCAUGGCGGUGUUUUAGCUUCUCUAUUCCGAUUUCCGCACCCUUAAUAGGUAAAUGGCGCUCUCUCAUCUCCUUCUCCGGCGCCUCAAUUGCUCAAAACCCCCCUCCGUUCAUCUCCUCUCUCUAAUUCCAAUUCCUAACUCACUGCACUUCUCUUCCGCAUCCGCCGACCCUGCCUCUACUCCCCAAUCUCCAUCCCCCGCCAAACCUACCUCUCUCUCUGCUCGCAUGAGCUUCAUCUUCGAACAAAUCGAUGAAAUUGAUAAAAACCGCCAAGAGAAAGACCAAACCCUCCAGCGAAUCCGGGCCUGGCGCGAGUCCAAGAAGCACAAAGACGCUCCCGUUGCCGAAGCCACGCCCGACCCGCCGCCGGUAGAUUCGGUACAAGAAGGAUUGGAGUCGGAAUUAGCCAAGAGCGAAGCGUUUCUGGGGAGUAGUGAUGGGAAGAAGGAAGUGGAGUUGGUGCACCCGUGGCCGGAGUGGAUUGAGCUGAUGGAGAGGCUGCUGCACCAGAAUUAUUUUGAUCAUAAGAGAAAGGACGAGGAAGGCAUGAUGCAAGCCCUCGGCUUUGAUGUUUCGGCCUCUGCCGCGGAGGAGGAUAAACGCCCAAAUUUUGCUCGUGAUUUCAAAACUGUGCAGGGUGCUCUGGUUAAUUUUGGUCGCGAUCGCUUUGACAUUUUGAGGUCAUUGUCAAGACAGGAUCUUCAACUAUUAGUUGGUUAUGGAUGCCCUACUCCAGAUAAGAGGGUGGUCUAUUCUGCCAAAUUGUUAAGGAAAUACGUCCAUCUGGAUGAAGGAGAUGUUUGCAGUUCAUGCAGUCUCAGGGGUUCUUGUGAGAAAGCAUAUUUGCUGACUAAUAAAGAGGAUGAAGCACGGACAAUGGACGUCAUGCGUAUGCUACUUGCAUAUGGUUUUGAUCCAAUAGACGGAUCAGUAGAAAAUAGAUCCCUUUUGAAGAUGAAAUCUGUAAAGACCAUUGUGCGAAAGUUGCUCCAUGAUGUAGUCAAGCUGAGUGCAGUUCCAAUAGAUCCAAAUCUCCCCCCUCCUGUUAUUAAAAAGCCACCACCCAAGGUGAAGCAACCACCUCCCCCUCCAAAGAGAAGAGUCGGGCGUGAUGAUAUUGAAAUGAAAAAGGGUGAUUGGCUCUGUCCAAAGUGUGACUUUAUGAAUUUCGCGAAGAACACAGUCUGCCUGCAAUGUGAUGCUAAGCGUCCAAAGAGACAAUUGCUUCCAGGAGAAUGGGAAUGCCCCCAGUGCAAUUUCUUAAACUAUCGAAGAAAUACAGAUUGUUUCCACUGUGAACACAAGCGCCCACCCGAUACAUAUCCUGAUAAUCAUUUUCCUGAAAAGCAACAUGGUUCUCACAUCAGGAUGGACAAGAAACCUGCCAGGGCUGAUGUUUCCAAUGCGUGGAAUUUUGAUUUUGACGAUAAUGAAUCUGAUGGAGCAGAUGUUGCUGCUUUUGAGUAUGCAGAUUCACAGAAACUGGAUGAAGACUUUCCCCUUAGCCAGCGGACUCCUCGUGAAUGUUCUAGAGGUCAUGGAAAUGGUCAAGAAAGGAGCAGACCUCCAACUCCAAGGGGCAUGGGAAUGGAUUAUUCUGAUUCUACUUCCACGAGGUCUAGUGUUGGAUUCAAUGAUUUUGAUGAAGACGAUGAUGAUGAUGUUGAUAGUUAUGAGUUAGUUGCCCAAAAUGAAGUACAUAGGGCUCCUCGAGUGGCUUUAUCAGAACUUGAAGCAGACUCGGAGUCUGAAGAUCUAGAAAACAGUGAAGGUAACAGGAACAUCCAUGGGAAAGCUAAAUCCCCAGCACGUGGCAGGAAACAAAUGAAUCGCCAAACAUUCUCUGAUUCGGAAGCUGACGUAGACUUCGAUACCGAUGAUGACCUCCCCGUUCACCCUAAGUGGAAAUCAAGUCAUGUUGCAGAUGUAAAACAGCAGAGAAGAGGUCGAAAGAGUAUGGCUUAUGGCGCAGAUGAUGACUUUGAAGUCGACUCUGGCUCUGAUGAUGAAAGUAUAAGAUACAAUAACAGAGCAAACAGAAGAGGCUCUAAUAGAUUAGAGUUUAGAAAUACCAGAGGAGGAAGAUCCAAUUUUAAUGACUCCUUUGCUGAAAGAGAUGCAGAUGGUGAUCUAAGCUAUAGGAGUGACAGACAGAGAGAUAGACGAGGUCAGGAUCGCCCAGGACAACCAUCCCGGGGUCGUGGCGGCAUGAUGGGCGACAGGAAAGGCUCACAGGGGCGCGAUUUUGGUAGAUCAUCAGGUGCAAAGAGCUUUGAUAGAAGUAGUCGAGAGGAUUCCUAUGGCGGGCGAGGAAAGAAUGCCAGAGAUGGCUACUCAUCGAAGUUCCAAAGCGACAGACGAGGUGGGUCGUUCAGCAAGAGAGGAGGAGGAAGAGGAAGAGGAGGAGGAAGACGGGAUGAUUGGUCACAAAGUUACGAAGAAGAUGACAAACCACAGAGACCUAGGGUAAAUGUGAGAUGAUGAUUCUCAGAAUGAGUUGGGAAAUACUCUCUGAGAUGAGCUGAGAAGUCUAUUUCCAAAUGUGAAGUAGGCCUCCUUAUGUUAGUGGUGAAACUGAAUGCUUGAAAUUGAUCAUCUGCGGAAGCGUAGUGCCUCCAGAAUGGUCGUGUUGUUACUAACACGGAGUUAGUUCUCUCGUGCUAAAUGAGGGGUGGGCUUGUUUGCCAUCAUCGAGUAUUAUGCCCUGUUUUCUUCCGCACUGCCAUUCUGUUGUCAUGUUAAAAGGUUGUGAUCUGCCUUUAAUAGUUGCCCAGAUUUUGUAAUGGAUGUUACACAAUUUUCCCUUUCAGGAAAUACAAUACGUACGAGUUAUAUUUGUUGA